UACAUAAAGUUUUAACAUUCAAAAUGCAGUGAAAACAUGGCGGCGCCCAUGACAUGGAAAAGAGUUGUCUUAUCUGCGUAUACUCCUGCUUUCUCCUGGGUUUUUACGAGGAUAACAGAUCGCUUUUUCAGGACACAUGAUCGGAGGAGAGGAUCCGCUGUGCUGCUCUUGGCCCCUCUCCUGGCAGAGGCGGACUCAGCCCCCCUGGCCUCCUCCAGACCUCCAGGCUUCACUGGUGUCGAGGGCCUCCACUCUCGAUUCCACUGGAUGGCUGAUCAUGUACCUGCUUUCAGGGUCCCUGGGGGCCGCAUACGCAUCCUUCACUCACCUGAUGAGUUUUAUCAGGCUAUGAGGGUUCGUAUCAAGACUGCCAAGAGUCGUGUGGUGAUGGCAUCACUGUAUCUGGGCACAGGACCACUAGAGCAAGACCUCGUUGAUUGCAUGGAAGAGGCAUUAGAGCGCUCUCAGGAAGAUCAUGCGCCUGAUCUCAAAGUGUCUUUUCUGCUGGAUUACACCAGAGGCUCAAGAGGUAAGCACAAUUCUCGCACAAUGUUACUGCCGCUGCUCCAGCGCUUUCCCGAGCAGAUGAGAGUGUCUCUGUACCACACACCUGACCUGCGGGGACUGUUGCGUCUUCUGGUUCCCGAACGCUUCAAUGAAACCAUCGGGGUGCAGCACAUCAAGGCAUACCUUUUUGACAACAGUCUCAUCAUUAGUGGGGCCAAUCUGAGCGACUCCUACUUCACCAAUCGUCAGGAUCGUUAUGUACUUCUGGAGGACUGUGAGGAGGUGGCUGAUUUCUUUGCUGAACUUGUGGGAGCCGUGGGUGACGUGUCACUGCAGCUUCAGCCUGACAACAGUGUGGACAUGAUGGAGGGAAUGGUGCAUCCCUACAAAGGUAACAGAGCAGAUUUUUCCGCAACGGCACAGAGACGGAUCAUGGAGGUGGUGAACACAGCUCGUGUCCGGCAGAGCGUGCUAGAGGAGGAAUGCUCUGAGGUCCCAGACUCGGACGAAACGGUGCCAAAUGACACCUGGAUAUUCCCACUCGUGCAGAUGAAGCCUCUGGGUAUUCACCUGGAUGAACAAGUAACCAAACGACUGCUCACAGAGGCAGGUGGAGACUCGGUCGUCUACCUUACAUCGGGUUACUUCAACCUGACGCGCACCUACAUGCAGCUGGUGCUGGGUGCAGCAGCAGACUACCGAAUCCUGAUGGCCUCCCCUGAGGUUAAUGGCUUUUUUGGAGCCAAAGGAGUAGCAGGAGCAAUUCCUGAGGCCUACGUUCACCUCGCCCAACAGUUCUACAAUAAGGUAUGUCAACUGGGUCAGCAGAGUCGUGUCCACUUGCACGAGUACCAUCGCCCUGAUUGGACGUUUCAUGCUAAGGGUCUUUGGUACUACGUGGAAGGAAGUGACCGCCCCUGCCUCACUCUCAUUGGCUCCCCAAAUUUUGGCUACCGCUCCGUGCACAGGGAUCUGGAGGCGCAGAUUGCUAUAGUAACAGAGAAUGAAGAACUCCAGAUGCAACUGCAACAGGAGCAAGAGGUGUUGUACCAGAGCUCGACGCAAGUGUCAAACUCCACAUUUAAUCAGCCAGACCGCCAUGUAAAGCUGUGGGUGAAACUGGUUACUCCACUCAUCAAGAACUUCUUCUAAAGUUCACCAGGCCUGAGGUGAUGGAUAUCUCACUGUCUGUGACAGAUGAAAACUGGGACUGCACAUGUGUGCUUGUACAUGAUGCAUUUGCAAAUAUUGCUGGUUUCGUGGAUACAGAUUGCUAUGAUAAACAUGACUGUUCCAGCUCGAGUGAUGUUAGAAACCACUUCGUCCUGUUAGAUUCAAUAACAUUCAUUCUGCUUCUCACAUCCUCACUGUUACAAGAGAAUGCAUGUAAAUCUAGUAUACAGUAUUUGCUGCCGGUGUGAUAGACAUGUAUUUGUAAGCAGUAUGGCAGAUAUGAACAACUUCCCUAUCAGUUUGAUAUGCAGUGUGUCUAACAUUUACAUGUACAUAUUUUAAUUUAAUUUUUUUUUCUGUAAAAAUUAGUAUUUUGUCACUUUAGUAAGAUGCCGUUCAACAAAAACCCUUUCCAUUUCUACUUCAUUUCCAUUGUACUUUACUGCAUUAUUUUUGGUUUAAAAUAUCAGCAGUUUGAAUAUUCUUUUCAUUAACAAGGUCAAUGAUAUUAAGUUGAUCUGGCACAUUUCAGCAACCCUCAGUUACCUCAGUCGUUUGUAAAAUUUCAGUUUCCCUGAAACCUAUAGAAGCUUGGUUUCGCUAAAGGGUGAAUUAAAUGUAAUGUGAAUUCUCACAAUUUGGACAACUUACAGAAAAGUCCAAACUGUGAGAGAGAAAGUUCAGAAUUCGGAGUUCUGAGACAAGAGUUCCGAAAAAGUAGGAAUUCUGAGUUUGUCUUUCGAACUCCACAUUUAUAGUUCACAAUUCAGACUCAGAAUUGUAAGGAAAUAAAGUCUGACUUAUUAGAUAAAUUCAAAUUACCUUUAUUUUGUGGUGAAAAUGGUCUUCUAAAACACUGGAAACCCCCAUUAAGGUGUCACUGUUCAUUUUUAGUUGGAUUGUCUGUUUACACUCCAAUCUUUAUAAAGUUCAUAAUUGCUCAUCAAUGAUGCUCAUUAGUUAUACACAAGCAUAUGACUUUAAUAAUUAUCUUCAAAUCCUUUACACAGAAAACCUGGAAUGGAUUUGAGCACCAUUGUAUUUAUUUGAGUGAAUAUUCACUUAUUUAAAAGGACAACUGCAGAAUUCAGUUGGUUAGCAGAAGUUUAAUAAAAAAAUGUUGGUUUUGUAAUAAAAACCAACCAAUAAAAACCCUUUUCCUGAGAACGUUUUGAUUUUGGUGCCAAUGCGCAUGGAGCGUUUGCUUAUUUAUAAGGUUCAUUAACGUAUUGAGACCAGAUGACUUUGUUGUUUUUCUUUUGUGACUUACAUCUAACUGGAUUAAAUGUCACAAAGACAGCGUUUGGAAGAGACUUUCGAACGGUCACGUUUCCAGCUCUUUCAGACAGAAAUGCUAACUGAGUGAGAUGAGGCCUUAAAGCCACGUCAUCUAACGCACAAUUUACAAAAAUGGCCAAAAAUGUAUUAUAUAAAAAAAAAAUUCUCAAUGUGAAGUGGUUUUUAAGAAUAAAAAGCUUAAAAAGUCAUGGUUGAGUG